AUUGUUGAUUGUUGAUUUUUUUUCGUUCGAUGUCACAAAUAUUAAUUGUCUAUGGACUGUGUUUCUUUUUGUGUCAAUGUGGAUUGUGGUGUAAUUUCGAUCUUGUUUAGAAAAUACGGGUUUUAUUUAUGAAAUUCAUUUGCAUUUACAAUAUAUUUGAUACAUUCCAACGUCUGUACAGCUUCAACUAUUUUAAGUGCAUUGUUAUCGCAAGUGUAGCGGUUUUGAGGAAACCGACGUGAUCGUGUUGGUGAUAUGGAGGCGAUGGACAUUCAGGCUGUCGAGUCAAAGUUAAGCGAUGUGACGGUGACUGCGAUACCAAUGAGUGGGAAGAGUACUCACAAGGAUUUAUCAAUAAGCGGUAACAGCCAUGCUACUAUUUCCACCGUUCCUGCGUCGUCUCCAUCGUCAGUCGGGAAAGACAAGGACAAUGGUAUGUCAAAUGCUUGUUUAAUGGCGGUGUCAUGGAACAAUAAGUGUAAGUGGGAGACCGGGUACAGCGCCGACUCGGUGGAGUGGUGUCCCGUCGAGCAGUACCGACACGCGCUCGUGUGCGGCACAUACCAACUCGACAAGAGCGAUCAAGAGACAAAAGAUGCAGAUCAACCCAAGCAGAAACGCCUCGGCAGAAUCUACCUAUUUCUACUACACGAAAUUACCACAGAAAUAUCUCCCAUCCAAACUAUAGACACAGCGGGUGUUCUAGACAUGAAAUGGUGCCAUCACACCAUACAAGAACACCCAGUGUUAGCUGUUGUCACUUCCGAAGGUUUCAUACAACUAUAUCAACUGCUAGAUGAUAGUGGAACUUUGAAAUUGGAAUUAUGGUUAGAAGAUGCCAUUGGUGGAAACGUGCUCGCGCUCUCCGUUGAUUGGUCGACAAAUAAAACGUCCAAUGAUCAACCUUGUUUGGUUGUCAGCGAUUCGUCGGGUGGUGUUACGGUUAUGCGGGUAGUCGCAACAACUUUAGAGAAAAUAGGAUUUUGGCAGUCUCAUUCUUUUGAAGCGUGGAUUGCGGCGUUUAAUUACUGGAACCCUAACGUGUUUUAUUCAGGUGGUGACGACUGCAUAUUUAAGAGCUACGAUGUGAGGGUGCCCGACGUCCCGGCCACGACCGACCGCAGCCACGGCGCCGGCGUCACUGCCAUACGGAGCCACGUCACUGUGGAACACCAGCUCUUAACUGGCAGUUACGACGAAAAAGUACGUCUAUGGGACACGAGGAGUUUGAAGCGUUGCGUUACAGAGACGGAUGUAAACGGCGGAGUAUGGCGUUUGAAGUGGAGCCCGUCAAAUAGUGAUGUAGUGCUAGCGGCGUGCAUGUACGGAGGGUUCCGCAUACUUCGCGCCGAGGAUACUAUUGAAGUUGUAUGCGAGUAUCUGGAGCACGAGAGCAUAGCGUAUGGCGCUGAUUGGAAGUUUGAUGCGCCUAUUGUUGCUACUUGCUCCUUCUAUGAUUGUUUUAUGCACAUUGGCGAAAUAGUUCUUUAACCAAAUAUUUAAAAAAUAAAUAUUUUUGUCUAUA